AUGAGCCAAGGACACACACAUGCAACAUGUGGGACAUACUGUUUACAUGCAUGUAGAGCACAGGACUAUGGUCUUCAGUUGCAGCACCUUGCUAAAAAAAAAUAUUUUACUUCUGCCCUUUCCAUCCAUCAGGGUAUAUUCCCAACCACCUAUGUCCACCUGAAGAAAUCCACAGUCACCAACAGAGGGCUGUGUGAGACGGUGGUGCCUCUGGAAGACCCUAUUAUCACUGAGACCACCUCCACCCUGCAGGAAUGGGGCGUGCUGUGGAAGCAACUCUACGUGAAGCACAAGGUGGACCUGUUCCACAAGCUGCGUCAUGUGAUGAAUGAGCUCAUUGACCUGCGUCGGCAGCUCAUCCGGGGUCACCUGGCCCAGGACCAGACCAGAGAGAUCAAACGCCACAUAACCGUGCGCCUGGACUGGGGCAACGAGCACCUUGGCUUGGACCUUGUUCCUAGAAAGGAGUUUGAAAUGGUGGAUCCGGAUCAUAUCAGUGCAUCUGAACUCUACAAAAUGCAUGCAUCCAGCAGACACUGUGGCCAGCCAAGCACAAACCAGGGCGACAGCGUGCGUCAGCGCCAUGGAGACGGUUGCCGUGUUCCGGUGCAGCACCACCUCUUCAUCAACCUGAAGAGUUUCACCUACAACGCCAUCAGCGAGGAGGCAGACGUCUUCUUCUCCCUCUACGACACCCGUGACAACAAACAGAUCAGUGAGAAGUUUAUGGUGAGACUGAACAAAAAUGGAGGGCCAAAGAACCCAGAGAAGGUGGACCGUCUGUGUGCUCUCUUCACGGAUCUGAGCAGUAAAGACCUGAAGAGAGACCUGUACAUUGUAGCACAUGUCAUACGAACGGGUCGUAUGUUGUUGAAUGACUCAAAGAAGGGUCCGCCCCACGUGCAGUACAGGAGACCGUAUGGCUGUGCUGCUCUGGCCAUGAGUGACGUGUUCCACACUAUCACUGACCUCAAAGAGGAGAAGGACUUUGUGCUCAAAGUUUACACAUGUAAUAAUGAGAACGAGUGGUUUCAGAUCCACGAGAACAUCAUCCGCAAGUCCAGUACCAAGUACUCAGCUCCUAGCACCAACUAUGGCCUCAUCAUCUCUCUACAGCUGCUGCGGGGGGAGCUGGAUCAGAUCAGGAGGGAGAACCAGGCUGUGUUCAGCAGGUCCCUGGGCAUCAUGCGCAAACUCGGCUUCUCUGAUGUCAUCAUGCCAGGUGACACUCGUAAUGACCUGUACCUGACCCUGGAGCGUGGUGACUUUGAGAGGGGGGGCAAGAGUGUCCAGAAAAACAUUGAGGUCACUGUCUAUGUGCUUUAUGCUGAUGGGGACACACUCAAGGACUGUAUCAGUCUGGGUAGUGGGGAGCCCAACACAAGUGAGCACCGGUCCUUUGUCCUCUACCACAACAAUAGCCCUCGCUGGAGUGAGAUGAUCAAACUACCCAUCCCCAUAGACCGCUUCAGAGGAUCACACCUGCGCUUCGAGUUUAGACACUGCUCCACUAAAGACAAAGGGGAGAAGAAGCUGUUUGGUUUUGCCUUCACUCCUCUGAUGAGGGAGGAUGGGACCACGCUAUCAGACGAGAGCCAUGAGCUCUAUGUCUAUAAGUGUGAUGAGAAUGCCACGUUCAGUAACCAGGGCCUGUACCUGAGCAUGCCCUGCUGUAAGGAGGACUUCAACAGCUGCCCCAACCUGCCCUCUACCCUGCCCUUCCAGAGGAACCCCAAGGAGACCUUCUGGGUCUCCACACAGCUGUGCUCCACCAAGCUCACCCAGAACGUGGACCUCCUGGCCCUACUGAACUGGAAAGCCCACACUGACAGGGUGUUGGACAUCCUGGGCAGACUACGCCACAUCAACGGAGAGGAGAUUGUCAAGUUCCUACGAGAUGUCCUGGAUACACUGUUUUGUCUCCUGGAUGACAACACCGAUAAAUACGGACCGCUGGUUUUCCAGUCAUUGGUGUUUAUCAUCAACCUUCUCAGGGACAGUCGUUUCUACCACUUCCGGCCUGUUAUGGAGGCCUACAUACAGAACCACUUUGCAGGAGCUCUGGCCUACAAAGAGCUAAUCCGCUGUCUGAAAUGGUACAUGGACCGUUCUGCUGAGGUUGUCAGACAGGACCACAUCCAAGAGGCCAUGAAGGCUCUGGAGUACCUGUUUAAGUUCAUCGUCCAGUCUCGGAUCCUGUACUCGCGGGCGACCUGUGGUAUGGAGGAGGACCAGUUCAGAGCCAGCAUCCAGGAGCUCUUCCAGUCCAUCCGCUUUGUGUUGAGUCUGGACAGCCGCAGCUCUGAGACCCUCGUCUUCACACAGGCGGCGUUGUUGAACAGUUUCCCAGACAUUUUUGAUGAGCUGCUGCAGAUGUUCACAGUGCAGGAGGUGGCUGAGUAUGUCCGGGGCACGUUAGGGAGCAUGCCCAGUACGGUGGACAUCGGCCAGUCUAUGGAUGUGGUCAAACUGCAGUCCAUCGCCCGCACCGUCGAGAGCAGGCUCUUCUUCUUUCCUGAGUCUCGUAGUAUCUUGCUGCCGGUGGUCCUGCAUCACAUCCACCUGCACCUGCGCCAGCAGAGGGAGCUGCUGAUCUGCUCAGGAAUCCUCACCAGCAUCUUCUCCAUCAUCAAGACCAGCUCUAUGGAGUCUUCUGUGCAGGAGGAGGUAGAGAUGAUGGUGGAGAGCCUGUUGGAUGUUCUGCUCCAGACUCUGUUGUCCAUCAUGUCCAAGUCUCAGUCUCUGGAGACAGCUAGGGGGCAGCGCUGUCCCCAGUGCACCGCUGAGAUCACGGGGGAGUAUGUGUCCACUCUGCUGUCUCUACUCAGACAGAUGACAGAGAUCCACUUCCACCACCUGCUCAACAACUUCCACAGCAAAGAGGAACUCAAGGAGUUCCUGUUGAAGAUCUUCUGCGUGUUCCGGAACCUGAUGAAGCUCACCAUCUUCCCCCGAGACUGGAGUGUCAUGAGGCUACUGACCAGUCAUGUCAUCGUGGCGACAACACAGUACCUGUCUCCGGCGUUACACAAUAACUUCUCAGAGGCGGAUUUUGACUUCAAGGUGUGGAAUUCCUUCUUCAGCCUGACGGUCCUGUACAUCAACCAGCCCAGUCUGCAGUUGGAGCCCCUGACCCAGUCCAAGAGGAAGAAAGUCCUGGACAAGUAUGGAGAUAUGAGGGUGAUGAUGGCCUAUGAGCUCUUCAGCAUGUGGCAGAAGCUUGGUGAGAAUAAGCCCCACUUUAUCCCUGGAAUGAUGGGUCCGUUCCUAGGAGUGACGCUGGUGCCUCAGAGCGAAGUCCGGAAUAUCAUGAUCCCCAUCUUCCAUGACAUGAUGGACUGGGAGCAGAGGAAGAACGGCAACUUUAAGCUGGUGGAAGCAGAGUUGAUGGACAAGCUGGAGAGUAUGGUGGCUGAUGGGAAAGGGGACGGCAAUCACAGAGAGCUCUUUGGCCUGCUGACCCAGUUGUUUGGGCCUUACCCCAGCCUACUGGAAAAAAUUGAGCAGGAAACAUGGAGAGAGACAGGCAUUUCGUUUGUCACCUCCGUCACGAGACUGAUGGAGCGCUUGCUAGACUACAGGGACUGUAUGAAAGGAGAUGAGAUGGAAAACAAGAAAAUAGGUGGUUCUUCCAACCUCAUGAACUUCUACAAGUCGGAGAUCAACAAGGAGGACAUGUACAUCCGCUACAUCCACAAGCUGUGUGACCUGCACCUGCAUGCAGAGGACUACACAGAGGCAGCAUUUACCUUGCUGCUGUACUGGGAGCUGCUGCACUGGGAGGACCGACCCCUCAGAGAGUUCCUCCACUAUCCCACACAGAGCGAGUGGCAACGCAAAGAGGGCCUCAGCCGCAAAGUGCUCCACUACUUUAACAAGGGAAAGUGUUGGGAAUAUGGAAUAUCACUCUGCCGGGAACUGGCUUUCCAGUAUGAAACCUUGUAUGACUACCAGAGCCUGAGCUGGAUACGGAAAAUGGAGGCUGCGUACUAUGACAACAUCAUAGAACAGCAGAGGAUUGAACCAGAGUUCUUUAGGAUGGGCUUCUAUGGCAGGAAGUUUCCUUUUUUCCUCCGGAAUAAGGAGUUUGUGUGCCGGGGUUAUAACUAUGAACGACUGGAGGACUUUCAGCAAAGGAUGCUGGGAGAAUUCCCACAUGCCAUUGCCAUGCAGCACCCCAACCAACCAGAUGACGCCCUCCUACAAAGUGAUGUUCAGUACCUGCAGAUCUAUGCGGUUACCCCAGUGUCAGACAUCACUGACGUGCCUCAGCUGGAGCGCGUACCCGAGAGGAUCAAGAGCUUCUACCGCAUUAACAAUGUCACUCGCUUUCACUAUGACAGACCCUUCCACAAGGGACCCAAGGACAGGGAGAAUGAGUUCAGGAGCCUGUGGAUCGAGAGAACCAUCCUGAUUCUGUCUCGUCCUCUCCCUGGCAUCUCCCGCUGGGCUGAGGUGGAGAGGAGAGAACUGUUGGAGGUGAGCCCUCUGGAGAAUGCCAUCUACGUGGUGGAAAAUAAGACCCAGGAGCUGCGGACCCUGAUUAGCCAGUACCAGCACAGACAGCACCAUGGCAACAUUAACCCCCUCAGCAUGCUGCUCAACGGGGUCAUAGACGCUGCCGUCAAUGGGGGCAUCGCCAGAUACCAGGAGGCGUUCUUUGAAAAGGACUACAUGAACAGCCAUGCAGAGGACACAGAGAAGAUCACCCAGCUCAAAGACGUAAUGCAGGACCAGGUCCACAUCCUUGGAGUGGGGCUGGCCGUCCAUGAGAAGUUGGUGCACCCAGAAAUGCGUCCCCUGCACAAAAAGCUGAUCGAUCAGUUCCACAUGAUGAGGACCGGUUUACAUCAGCAGGGGUUGCCAGCAGCCUGCACUGGAGUCAACAAUCCCAGAGGCAUCCUGACCGCUCACAGCCACAUGAGCCCAGAAAGUGUCCGUCUGAUUCACAGACACAGCCCUAUGAACCUGCAGGGUUCUAUCCGCCAGUCCUCCUCCUCCCUCUCUUCUCACACCUCCAGCGAGGCGGGAGGUAACAUGGUCAUCCUGACAGACGGCCUAUUGGGAGAGCACCCUGAGGACACGGCUCACAUGGAGCCAAGCCCCUCCUCCUCCAGUCUGAGCUCCAUUCGGUCCACCUCCUCCCAGGUUAUUAACUCUGCCCCAUCUAGUGCCAGAGGCUCUCCGUCCCUCCCGGAUAAAGCCAAACACAACCGGGAGGUGAUGAUGCUCCUGCCGCCUCACCAGAGAGUCAACAACACCAUGUACUACACCAUGACUGAGAACGGACAGAGCAACCAUCUGCAACGUGCCUUGCUCCAGCAAGUGAACCCCUGUAAGCCGUGCGUUGACCCUCCCGUGAGCUUGCCAGAGAAAGUGUUCCCUAGUGCCCCGAGCAGCUGGAGUCUAGAUGGCGAGGGCAGGGAGACAGUGCCCUACAUCCAGGGACCUACAGGGGGUGUCAUCAUGCCCCCUGUCCCACCCAGGUCCUUCCCACCAGGUCACUUCCUGAUGCACUUUGAUGCAUUCCACCACCAGAACAGUGACCCGCCCCCGGCACUGCCUGUUCGCUCUCUCAGAAAGUCUCCUCUCCACCCCAUACCCGGCUCCCCCACUAGUCCUCAGUCAGCCCUGGGGGGCAGUAAUUCCACCCUCUCGGGCAGUGCCAGCAGCGGGGUCUCCUCUCUGAGUGAGAGUAACUUUGGGGCCCAGUACCCCGAUGCCCAAACUGUGCGGAAUGACGCCAUGGAGCCCUUACCCAGCCACCUGUGGACCCCUGAUGAGUACCUGGCCUCUCCCUAUCUGCACAUCCACUACAGUGGGCCAGAACCAGAGUCCCUCGACCAUGUCCGACCCUUUCACUACCGUAACCCUGUCUCACACCUCCCCCACUCCCAAACUCACUUCCACCCCCACUCUCACCACCAACCAGCCGGCCUCGACGGCCACCCUCAUCCCCACGGGCCCACCCACCACCAGAUACCCCUCCACGGCCCACACCACAUUCCUUACCGGCGCCCCCAGCCCCCAGCUGUGCCCCCCAAGCCCUACCUGAGGGAAGGGUGCAUCCCCGAGGAGGACCUGAGCUCCCUGGUGCCCCAGCCCAUCCCCCUUCCUCGGAGGAUCUUCCACUCCCCCCACAGCCACAGAGAGGAGCUAGCCAAGGCUGCCUGGGAGCAGUGCAUCAGCGAGGAACACGAGGAGACACCGUGAGGAGACGACAGGGCUGGGCCUCUUGGAGAUUUUACUCACCUCGGUGCAUCUUACUAGUCUAAAGUGGCUCCCUUCCUGUUGUCUCCUUGCCUUCAUCUGUAUUGAUGUGAAAGAACAUGGGCUGGUGAAUCACGCGGAUACAUUGUAGGCAUUAACAAUAUUGCGUUCAUCUAUCCCAUGUUUUUAUAUCAGAGCAGAUGAAGGGGAGAGGAAGCCACUUUAGACUAUUGAGUUGCACCCUCACUCUCAGUGUAUUGUCUGAUUCUGAAUGGAUGAAGCAGCAUCAUAGGAAUUAAUAAGGGAAUAUUAUCUGUUGGACAAUGUGACCGGUAAUAAUGACUUUGUUUAAAUUGAUAUUGACUGUACACUGUUGUACAACUGGUCUGUGAGCAUGUUUAGUUUAUUUUCAUUUGAGAACAACAUACAGCCGUUUUGUGAAACAUGACGAUCCUCAUCAACAUGAUCAACCCAUACGAGCCCCAAAUAGAAUCCCCCUCCCUUUUCCACAGCGAAAGGCAACUACAGAAAGUUAUACUACUCUUAGUAAAGUCAUGAUGACUUUUCUGCUUUUAAUGCUCCAUAUAUCUAUCCUAUUAUUUUGAUACACUUGCUACAGUAUGCAUGGGGUUUUCAAAUAGAAUUUCCCAUCUUCUGUUUUACAAAACGCUGUAUAGUGCUUCGCCAUAUGACGUUCUCCAAUCUUCUGUUCUAUUCUGCGACCUGCUUCUCAUUGAAAGCAGGUCUGUUAUUUGGACCUGGGUCACUCUUCUUGACCAAAGCCUCUAGGGACAUAUAAACCUCAGUUUAGGAUUAUCCCUCCAUACAGUACGUAUGGAAAACAAUGUGAAUGUAUUCAGACAAGAUGUGCUGUUUGUAUUACACAAGUGGCAGCUCUUCUUUUCUUUCAAGUGAAGUUGUCUUUAUUACAGUCUUCUUGUCUUUUGUGUAACAGACCGAAAUAUCUCACGAGAGGAGCGUGAAUGUUACCCAGACUGAAAGAGCUGAUAAAUCCUUGGGAGGGCUACAAAGGAAGGGGUGGAAUUGUCAGGUGCCACAGAGCGCUCUGGAACAACAGUGAGUUCCCAAUGUCAGUUGGACUCAAUAAGACUGGAUUGUUCCUUGAAAGGAGAUAGUGAUGGAGAAAAUCCUUAACACUCAACUAGGAGUAAGAUGAGAAGUAGCGAAGAAUAAUGGCUCAACAGUACCUCAACCACCUAUUGGACUAACUAUACUCAUAAAAACAAUUAUCACACCCUAUCUCUGCCACUAUAUGUUUCAAGACGAUGUCAAUUAACAAGUAAUACAUAUGGACUGUGUGUAAAAGGACUAAUGGCAAUGACAUUGCUCCUGUCUGUUACCUGUUCUACUCACCUUCACCCCCCUCUGCCCACCGAAUGGCAAAUCCAAACUCCCUCAAACAGAGUUCUAAACAACUACCUGCCUUAAGUGCACUGAAAUUCAGUAUCAGUCUCUCAUUCUGACACCUCACUUGACUGUUUCUGUGAAGCUCAUGAAACGACGGCUCUCGUUUGUCAUCACGUUCUCUACGCUUUCCGAACAAACCUCAUGACAUCUAUGUGUGACAUCUGUUUUGUCCUGCCUCGGUUGAAGAUUGCUUUUUGGGUUUGUAGCACUACAGUAUACUUAGUUUCGCCUGCAGUUUCUCUUCCCUCUGAUCUGCAAUAGAGAGAUGUUUGUGUGCACAGGGGAUGAGAAGCUCAGACAGGACCAUGAGGUUGAUCUCCUUGGGCAAUGGAAGUACACCAGAUAGUGUUUGCUGAGAUGUAAUGUGAUAACCAACCAGUGGGUUGGAAGGUGGAGGUUACUGUUAAACAAAAUACAGGUCUUUGUUUCCCCAAGUAGUUUUUUGCAGGUGAAUGCUUUGCGUUGUGUUCUUGCACAUUAGGUUGUCCACUGAUCAGACAUCUAUUUUUGUAUGCAGGUACAUCUGUUGUGAGGACAUAUUUCACCGAUGUAUCAUGAAAGGAUGUAGGGUAUGUUUUGCAGACUGUGGAGUUGGUAUGGAAGUACAGAACUAUGGAUCAGAUAUAAGAUGAAAGUCAGAUGUAUGGGGAAGCUGAUGUUUGUGAGAAGAGGAGCGAUACUCCGAUCAAACAUGGGUACAAUAGAAUUUUUCAAUGUAAAUUCUGUUACUGUACAUACGGCGGUAUUGUGAAAUAUUUUUGAAAAUUAUUGCAGACCCCCCCCCCCCCUAAAAUAAUUGUAUCGUUUUGUGUAAAUACAUCUACUCCAGAAAUCGACGUAAUUGAUGAAUAUCUAUAAUCAAUGUUUUAAAGGAGACAAAUCCAUUAGACUGUGGUUGUCUGCGCUGUUCUUGACUUCAAGUCUUCAAAUAUAAAUACUUUAUACACUUUUCAAUGUGCUUUCUUGUACAGAUGGUGUUAGCAUGAUCAAACAGUGUUUGGUUGUAAAGGUGGUUUUCCUACUCUCAUAACUGCUGUGUUAUGGAUUCAUUCACGAUGCCAAACAUUAAAGACAAUCUUUUAUCUGUC